GACUCUCCACUGUGCAGUCAGUCACUGCCAAGUCCCCCUCUCAUUUCUCAAAACCUCAGAGAAUCCCUCCGAUAACAACAACAAUGUCAGCCAUGGAAUCCCUAAUCCUCCAGCUCCACGAGAUCGGCGCCGUCAAAUUCGGCAACUUCAAACUCAAAUCCGGAAUCUACUCCCCCGUCUACAUCGACCUCCGUCUCAUCGUCUCCUACCCUUCCCUCCUCACCCAAAUCUCCCAAACCCUAAUCUCCUCCCUCCCUCCCACCACCUCCUUCGACGUCGUCUGCGGCGUCCCCUACACCGCCCUCCCCAUCGCCACCGUCGUCUCCGUCUCCAACAACAUCCCCAUGCUCAUGCGCCGCAAGGAGAUCAAAGACUACGGCACUUCCAAAGCCAUCGAAGGAGUCUUCGAGAAGGAUCAGACUUGCCUCAUCAUCGAGGAUUUGGUGACGAGCGGUGGGUCCGUGCUGGAGACGGCGGCGCCUCUUCGCGGGGUUGGGCUUAGGGUUAGCGACGCGGUGGUGUUGAUCGAUAGGCAGCAGGGCGGGAGGGAGAAUCUGGAGGAGAAUGGGAUUAAGCUUCAUUCGAUGAUUAGGUUGACGGAUAUGGUUAGGGUUUUGAGGGAGAAGGGGAAGAUUGAAGAAGGGGUGGAGGCGAAUUUGAUUAAGUUUUUGGAGGAGAAUCGUAGGGUUAGUGUGGAGAAGGAGGCUAGGGUUUUAGGGUUUAAGGAAAGGUCGGAGCUUUGUAAGAAUCCCAUGGGGAAGAAGCUGUUUGAGGUUAUGAUGAAGAAAGAGACUAAUCUCUGCUUAGCUGCUGAUGUUGGAACUGCUGCUGAGUUGCUUGACAUUGCAGACAAGGUGGGACCAGAGAUAUGUAUGUUGAAGACUCAUGUUGACAUUUUGCCUGAUUUCACCUCUGACUUUGGCUCUAAACUCCGUGCGAUCGCAGACAAGCAUAAGUUUCUCAUAUUUGAGGAUCGCAAGUUUGCAGACAUUGGUAACACCGUCACGAUGCAGUAUGAAGGAGGCGUCUUUAAAAUAUUAGAGUGGGCAGAUAUUAUAAACGCUCACAUAAUAUCAGGGCCAGGAAUCGUGGAUGGCCUCAAGUUAAAGGGUAUGCCUCGUGGUAAGGGUCUACUUUUGCUAGCUGAGAUGAGCUCUGCUGGUAACCUUGCUACAGGAGACUACACUGCAGCAGCCGUGAAGAUCGCAGAGGCUCAUUCGGAUUUCGUGAUGGGAUUCAUCUCGGUUAAUCCUGCGUCUUGGAAAUGCGGGUAUGUGUAUCCGUCUAUGAUUCAUGCAACGCCUGGUGUUCAGAUGGUGAAAGGUGGUGAUGCACUUGGUCAACAGUAUAACACUCCACACUCUGUGAUUAAUGAGAGGGGAAGUGAUAUUAUAAUCGUGGGAAGGGGAAUCAUAAAGGCGGAAAACCCAGCAGAGACGGCUCACGAGUACCGACUUGAAGGCUGGAAAGCAUACCUGGAGAAAUGCUCUCAAUAGGUUAAAGCCUGAGAGGUUGUUGACUUUUUUUGUGUUGUGAUGCUAUAAGUUUGUGGAAGCUGUGUGCGAGGGUGGAUUUUAAAACUCAUGUCUGGUUAUUUGUCACUUGAUCUCAAAUCUCAAUAAUAUAAUAAAGUUACAAAUGACAA